UUCAUCGUCUGGUAAGCAAAUUCGUGGCUGUGAGUGGACUUUGAGUAAAAACGCAUGUUUAUUAAUAAUAUUUCACAUAUUUUAUAGGGCUUUUUUAUAAUGACUUAAUCGAAAAGUAUUAAAACGGUGCGCCACUUGGCAGCACAAAAAUAACUUCAACUCCCGAAGUCCUUGUCGGUUCACUUCAGGACGACAGGAGCGAGCCCCAUAGAAUCUCAUACAAACUAUCGCUCCUCCUCAAUCAACCGAAUGUUGACGUUUACAACAGGGACUACAGCCCGCUCCUCUACAGCUUGCUGACAACACGGGCUGGACUUUCCAGCCGAGACUUGAGGGAGAAACGUCUAGUGCAAUUCCAGCAAGAUAAGGUUGAAUGUAUCAAAUUUAGGAAAUGGGCGACAGAAACGACAGAGUCCCCAUGAUGACAGGCAGGACAAGAAGAUCAACCAUCGGCCCCACGCCAGCGGGGGGCAAUUCGAAACAUGCCAAUGGCAGCAAGCAGAGCAGCGCAUGGGAAAAAACGCCAAGCCAUCCGAGCCACAGCAACGGGAAGGUGAAGAAGGAAAAACAGGUGCACGAGCCGGUCAGGACACCACAGGAGAGGAGCAAAAUCUGCGAAAGACUCAGCUGCCAUGUCCUCCAGGAGUCCCUGCUCAGCUCAGCCAGUGGAUACAGUAACUAUAGAGGCAUCCUCAACUGGUGUGUGGUCAUGCUGUCGGAGCUCGUGUUCUUUCCCCGCAGUAGUUUGGAACGUACUUAA